AUGUGGGGCCUGGUCACCAAAGAGUCAUUCGCACAAGAGAAUAUAGGAGCCAUAGCGGCAGACCCAAUGCUGGUCUUAGUAUCUGCAGGCCUCUUCCUGUUUGCCCUGUGUGUCUUCGGAUGUGUGGCAGUCCUCAGGGAAAACCUCUGCCUGAUGAAGACCUUUGCUUUGAUUCUGGUGGUCCUCAUCAGUAUUGAGGCUCUGCUGGUCAUUUUUGUGGAAUUUUUCAAGAAUGAGAUUAGUGCGUCCAUGCGGUCCUCAAUGUUGGCGGGGAUAGUACGUUACCAAGAUGAUCUGGACGUCAAGUUCAUAAUGGAUGAGAUACAGAGCAAUCUGCAGUGCUGCGGAGUGGACACUUACCGCGACUGGCAGCUCAACAUAUAUUACAACUGCUCCGCUCCCGGCGUGCUGGCCUGUGGCGUGCCUCCGACCUGCUGCGUGGACCCCCUGGAGAACGGCACGGUGUGGAACUCUCAGUGUGGCGUUGGGGCCUUGGCCAUGGAUGAGUUCACGGCCCAGAGCGUGGUCUUCCUGGGCGGAUGUCUGGGAAGCCUUUCCCGCUGGGCUGAGGAACACCGACUCGCCAUCGUGAUUCCAGAGGGGUUGGUGUUCGCAGUCCAGAUACUGGGUGUGUUUAUCAUUGCACGACUGAUGGACAGUAUAUACUCGUACCAGAAACACAUCAAGAACUAUUACAGGCCAAGAUUGUGA